AUGAGUCCGAUUCAGUUCCCCAUUGACGCGAUUACCUCGCGAUUCGGGGAUCGCUUCAAUAGCGUCCGCGCUCAAUCUCUUACCUCGCGUUUCGCCAACCUCCGGCCCAUCUCAGAGUUCCUGGACGUCAAGCGCGUCUCGAAGCCUGCUAAUUUCGGCGAAGUUCAAAGCCGUGUGAACUACAACCUGUCCUAUUUCUCGAGCAACUAUGCCGCCGUCUUUGUCAUGCUCAGCAUAUACAGCUUGUUGACCAAUUUGAGGUUGCUCUUUGUCAUCGUCUUGGUUACCGGCGGUCUGUAUGGAAUUGGCAAGCUCCAGGGCCGUGAUCUUGAUUUGGGCUUUGCCCGAUUCAACACCUCUCAGCUAUACACCGGUCUGCUGAUUGUUGCCGUUCCUAUGGGUCUUUUGGCUUCCCCCUUAACCACGGUGCUCUGGCUGAUCGGAGCCACUGGCGUGACUGUCUUCGGUCACGCCGCAUUUAUGGAUAAACCAAUCGAGAAUGCUUUUUCCGAGGAGGCGGUCUAG